AUGCUGCUCUUUGGUCUUGGUAACCUUGUCUAUGUGAUUGUCCUCAUUAUCAACGCCAUUGCCGUUCUCUCCGAAGACCGGUUCCUCGCUCGCAUCGGAUGGGGUCGCACACAAGCUGAGCCCGGGUUCGGCGCAAGCUACGACAGCACGAGUGUCAAGGCCAAAUCUGUGAAUUUGAUCGCGAGUGUACGGACAGUCAUGCGGAUACCCCUCAUUGUCAUCAAUACGGUUAUCAUUGUCUACGAGCUCAUCCUCGGUUGA